CCGAAAUAUGGUCCAAAACCAGGGGGGUUGAAAUUUGUCAGUGAAGAGAGUACUCGACGAGGAUGCACAAGAAAAUCAACGAAACCGAUGGAUUGUGACUAUCUGCGGAGAAACGGCCACAGGUAAUAGGGAGGUGCUUGCUGCAUAUAUUUGUGUGCAUGGAGGAAGGAGAUCUUAAUUCAUAAUCAUUUCCUUGCAUACUGUAUGUUUCCGUAAACUCGUAACUGGUAGCAUUCGGUGGGGUUUGAGAGACGGUUUAAUUUGAGAUUCGUAGAGCUAGUAAAACUUUUUAACCGCGACUCUAUACGGCCUCAAGACUGAUGGUCAUUUCAUCUGCCUAUAUUUGGCCUGAGUUUUCUCAAUUUCGUUUCUAGCGAAAAAGAAAUCAUCUGAGUUGGAUCCAAAUUUUGACAACUCACUUUCACCUUUGGAGCUGUUUCUUUCAUCGUUUUGACUCAUUGAUUUGAAGGCUCGUAGGCAGUCUACUUUCGCUGCUGUGUCGUCUUUCGUUUUGUAUCGCCUUGCAUAACAGUGUUCGGAUUCUCUUACUAUCGAGGCUUCAUUCAAGGAGAAACGUGUCUUGCUUUUUGCGCCGAACGGGUAACUAGAUGCAAUAACAACGUUACCAUUUUGGGAAUUUUUAUUCCAAGAUUUCACCGGCUCAGACAGGACAAGCGAGUGUUCCUAGAGGGGAUUUGUGUGAAUUGGUGAAAACGGUCUUGUCAUUUGUGGCUCCUCUGGUUCUUAAUGGAACGGUGAACAAGUCGGUGGUACAUGUCCUUGGAAUCCAACAUGGUGGGGGCAAAAUAAUAAUGCUUGUGUUUUUGUUUGUGUCGCUUUGGUCUUGUGCUUCAGCGCUUGUGUUGGAGGGGGUUUGAUGGGUUUCGAGAAUUGGAUCUGCUGAACAAAGAGGUUUGAUUGUAUUGCGGUGUCCAUGAGUCAAGAACAUAAUCGAGGGAAGCAGGAGAAAAGCUCCGAUGGCGCCGAGAAGGUCGUCGUUGCAGUUAAGGCAUCAAAGGAUAUUCCCAAGACAGCUCUGGUGUGGGCCUUGACCCAUGUUGUUCAACCUGGAGACUGCAUUACAUUGCUUGUGGUUGUGCCUUCGCAAAGUUCCGGAAGGAAACUAUGGGUUUUCCCAAGAUUUGCAGGGGACUGUGCCAAUGGUCACAAGAAAUCUCAUUCGGGCGCAAGUUCAGAGCAGAAGUGUGAUAUUACAGAUUCGUGCUCCCAAAUGAUUCUUCAACUUCAUGAUGUUUAUAAUCCUAAUAAGAUAAAUGUAAAGAUAAAAAUUGUUUCUGGAUCUCCUUGUGGCGCUGUGGCUGCAGAGGCCAAUAGAAUUCAAGCCAGUUGGGUGGUACUAGACAAACAGCUCAAACAUGAGGAAAAACGAUGCAUGGAAGAGUUGCAGUGUAACAUUGUGGUUAUGAAGCGUUCCCAGCCAAAAGUACUCCGCUUGAAUUUGGUUGGGCCGGCUAAGAAACUACCCGAAGUAGCAUGUUCUUUACCUUCCGAGUUUGAUGAAACAACUAAAAAGCACCCCAAAAAGAAAAAUGAUUCUUUAAAUACUAUUCAAGGACCAGUUGUGACCCCAUCUAGUAGUCCAGAGCUAGGGACACCAUUUACAGCCACUGAAGCUGGAGCUUCAUCAGUGUCAAGCUCAGAUCCAGGAACUUCGCCAUUUUUCAUCUCAGAGAUGAACGGAGAUCUUAAGAAAGAUGAUUCUCUAGUUAUUAAACAAAACCAGGAUCUUGAUGAGACCGGUUCAGACACAGAUAGUGAGCAUUUAUCUUCAUCCUCAUCAAGUUUGAGGUUCCAGCCUUUGGUGGCUGAAUUUGUAAGUUCUACUCAUCAGUCCUCAAAACACAUAGGUGGAAGUUCAAAGAGACACGUUGAUGAGCCUCAAGCAUCAACAUCCAAAGCUUUGCUCGAGAAGUUCUCAAAACUUGAUGGAGAAGCUGGAAUUGGCAUGCUGAACUACAGAUCUGAUAUUGAGUUCAGUGGAAAUGUGAGAGAAGCAAUAUCCUUAUCAAGAAAUGCGCCUUCUGGGCCCCCUCCAUUGUGUUCAAUAUGUCAACACAAGGCACCAGUGUUUGGAAAACCCCCAAGAUGGUUUAGCUAUGCUGAACUCGAGCUUGCUACAGGUGGAUUUUCACAAGCCAAUUUCUUGGCAGAAGGAGGAUUUGGAUCUGUUCACAGAGGUGUACUUCCAGAUGGUCAGGCAGUUGCUGUCAAGCAACACAAAUUGGCUAGUUCUCAGGGGGAUCUUGAGUUUUGCUCAGAAGUGGAAGUUCUGAGCUGUGCUCAGCAUCGAAAUGUUGUUAUGCUGAUUGGGUUCUGUAUUGAGGACAGAAGAAGGUUGCUGGUUUAUGAAUAUAUAUGCAAUGGGUCAUUGGAUUCUCAUUUAUAUGGACGACAUCAAGAGCCAUUAGAAUGGUCUGCACGACAAAAAAUUGCUGUGGGAGCUGCUCGAGGGCUGCGAUAUCUUCAUGAAGAAUGUAGGGUGGGUUGCAUUGUCCACCGUGACAUGCGGCCAAACAACAUCCUUAUCACCCAUGAUUUUGAACCACUGGUUGGGGAUUUUGGCCUGGCAAGGUGGCAGCCUGAUGGGGACACAGGUGUGGAAACUAGAGUAAUUGGAACUUUCGGGUACUUGGCCCCAGAAUAUGCACAAAGUGGGCAGAUCACUGAAAAGGCUGACGUUUAUUCUUUUGGGGUUGUAUUGGUGGAACUUGUUACUGGAAGAAAAGCAGUGGACCUCAACCGUCCCAAGGGUCAGCAGUGUCUAACAGAAUGGGCACGCCCAUUAUUGGAGGAAUAUGCCAUUGAGGAACUCAUUGAUCCACGAUUAGGGAAUAGCUAUUCAGAAAAUGAGGUCUAUUGCAUGCUGCAUGCUGCAUCUUUAUGCAUACGGCGGGAUCCUCAUUAUAGGCCUCGUAUGUCACAGGUGCUCCGCAUACUGGAAGGUGACAUGAUCAUGGAUCCUAGCUGCGUGUCAGCACCUGGAUAUGAUGUGGGAAGCAGGAGUGGUCGGAUUUGCGGAGAGCAGCAGCAACAUUACAGCGGUCCCCUACUGAAUGAGGCAAUAGGAGGGCUUAGCGGUAAGCUGUCUCUGGGGAAUGCGAGGCCACCGUAUUGGGAAAGAGACAAAGCAAGGAGGGCUUCAUGUGACGAUGAUUAAUAGACAGCUCACCUCACCCAUUUAAAACCAAGUGCCAAGUUCGUGAUCAGCGCUUUAUGUUUUUUUUUUUUUAUUUUAUUUUUUUUUAAAUUUUCAUCUCCCUUCUAUAUUUUUGUCCAAAGCCAUCUAUAUUUUGCUUCGGUAUAGUGGAGGGAUAGUAAUGAAUUAGCAAGGUUUUGUAAUUCUUUAAGAAAUGAAAAAAUUACGUUAAAACGGUCACGUUUCCAAA